AUCGCGAAGGGCUGUAGUCUUGAGCAUGUUGGGAGAGGCUGAGCGAGGGAAAAUCGAAUUUUAAAUUGCCGAUUGUCCACCGGAAUACAUGUAGUUCUCCAUUUCUUACUUAGUGACAGCAACUUGGAAAGAGCGUGAGUCAAUCUGGAAAAAUUGUGGCAGAAUGUAAUUGAAUAAGUCUGCAACUCAAGUGGUCCUGGAAGAACUUCAAAGAUGAGAGCAUUUGGACAUCAAAGUCAAUUUAACUUCCACAAAAAGAGUGCACGUCCACAAGUCUUGGAAUAAUUUUCAUUGUCAGACACCAAGCAUGAACACUCUGUUUUCAAGAGUCUUCUGUCAUCACUUCAUGCAGGAGCCCAUAAGGCAUACAAUUUACAUGUACUUAAAAUUUAGCAGUUACAGUCAAUGCAGCUUUCAAAGUUCAAAUUAUCCCAAAACUAGCUCCUGUGUCAUAAACAGUGCUGUGAUCUCACCAACAAAGUUUCCACAUUAUGGAAGUGUGCACCUGUCCACCCAUCCUUGCCGAUUGCAGCUCCACAAGUCUGCUUCAUAUGAGGUACCAGCUUGUCUCAGAAACAUUUCCCGGCCAGCAACGAUGGCCCCUCUGGAAUCCAUGCCAGUGCUCCAAAGUUGCAAAAGCGUUGCCAGUAAACGCCACGUUAUCUCCAGGCCCCACUCUGCCAAUGACAAAAGCAACAAAGGUGCUGUUCCCCAUCAUGAUACGGUGUUACUGCGCAUGCAGAGACUGGAGAACUCUCUUCGUUACCAUGGAUAUUCAACCAUCCGAAUUGGGUUGGUUCUUGUUGUUGUUAUUGGAAUUGCUGUCUACAUCUUCCGGGAGGCCAUCCGUGAAAACGUGGCGGAGGAGGUGUCCCAGGUUGCCACGCGCUCCCUGGAGGACCGACUCGUUGCGGAGAGAGCCGAGGAGUUUGCCAAGGGCCUCUUGAAUGCCCUGCUGAAGGAUGAGCCCAUGCAUCAGUUAGCGAGCCAAUUUGUCGUGGAGGUGCUGCAGCGUGCGGAGACCAAGCAAGCAAUGAACACCUUAGUGAUGGACGUGCUUAAAGACCCUAACACCAAAGCACAGUUAACAGCCACAGUUAAGCAGGUAAUAGUAACAGCACUGAAUGAUGAGGACUCCCAGGCCUACAUUAAAUCAGUGCUGAGUACCAUACUCUCCGACAAGGAGACCAGACGUGCUGUCGUAAACCUGCUAGGCUACGUGUUCCGAGAGAGGGAAGUCAAAGAGCAAACGGCAGCUUUCUUCCAGGAGGUGCUGAAGUCAGAGACAGUAGUGGACCAGGCAACACAGCUAGGGAAGCAAGUCACAAACAGCGUCAUCAGUGAUCCAGUUCUCCAGGAAAAGACAGGAGACUCGCUGUGGACAGCCCUGGUUUAUUCUGUUACUCCCAGAUGGUUUAGUGGGUCAUCUACACCAUCAUCGUCGCCAUCUGCUCCACCUGACAGUAGUCAUGUAACACAGGAUAAGAUACCGCAGACCGAUAGGGUACGGCAGGAUUCUGACGAGGAGUCUGUGCUUGGUGGCUAGUCUCUUGAAAUAUGACUCACUUGCACUGACAUCUGUCUUUAUGCAAUUCAAGGAGUUUCAACUGCGUACUUGUACACUCACUCACCAUUCUGUGUUGUGACAAAAUGUAUCAACUUUAUUUGAAUGAUUUUAUUUAUUAUAUUUUUAGAACCAGAAAAGAAAUAUUGUAGGACCUGUUGAUUUACCGUUUAUGCAAAAUACAUUCUCUUUAUUGAAAAGUCUGAGAAAAUGUACUAGUAUUUGUUUUAAUACUGCAAUAAAUUCUAAAUGCCAUUGUUAUUUGUACAUAUUUUUACUAAACACAACACUUCUUGUUAUAUUAAAUGAAUAAAAACCAGAAGGAAAAAAACCUAAAGA